AAGAGAUAUGAAAUUGUAACAUGUCACCAAAGACAGUCAGACCUGAGAUCUCUAUAGAAUGGUUGGAUGUGAGCAUAGAUAUUAAGGUGUGUGGGGUGGAUAUACCUCCUGAGGAUCGAGGAUAUGUUCGACUGUUCCCUGACCUGGAUAACCGAUUGGUCACCAGGGAACAAAUAGAUGCUAACAAGCAUCUCUUUAGAAAAGAACGGAAGAAACUGCAAAAGUACGAAUAUACUUUGCUACCCUCAAACUCUAAUAAUGAAUCAACAGCUAAGGUUUUACCGAAGCUUAUGUGCAAUCACUGUGGAAAAUCAUUCUCCCGAAGAUCUACGCUAGAACAGCACAUUGCGUCUCAUGACAGAAAUAACUCGAGUUGGGAGGAUGUACAGGAUGCCGCGUUACAAGAUCUAGAACACGCAAUAGUAUUUGGAGGCGGAGGAACUGUAGUUAAAGGAGGUGCUGGUCGGGAGGAUCUGGACCUCAGUAGAGAAGACGGGGAGGAGGAGGAGAUCCCAGCUCCACAAGGAGCUUGGUUCACUCAACUAGACUCAGAGUUCAGAUGCAAUAAGUGCUUUAAGUCGUUCAACAAAAUGAGUCUUUUAAAGAAACACAUGAAGAUUCAUUCAGGUAUUAAACCCUAUGCCUGUGAGGUGUGUGGAUGGAGAUUUCUGCAAAGAUACAGUUUGAAGAAACACAUGUGGACUCACAGCAUUGAGAAACCCAACAAGUGUAUUGAAUGCCACGCAGCAUUCUCAGAUCCUUCAACGCUACGAGCUCAUGUUCUCAAGUUCCAUAAUCAAGAGGAAUUAGAUUUUAUCUCAGCUGACCAUAAUCCCCCUCAGCUGAUCCAAUGUCCUCAGUGUGACCGAAAGUUUGCCGCUAAGGCCCAUCUAGACCGACAUUUGCCGGUGCACAACAAUAUGGCUAAACCGUAUGAAUGCGAUAUAUGUGGUUGGAAGUUUCAUCUCCUACAUAAUAUGGAAAGGCAUCGAGCAACGCAUAACAGGAAAGGAAAGAAGGCAAAAGUACCUCCUCAUAAAAGAUUCAAGCGUAAAUACAAGAAAAGAAAGGGUAAAGAAUCCAAAGGUAACAAGGAAGACGAUGAUGAUGAGCUUUACAAUGAAGAAAAAGAUGACAAAGAGGAACAGGAUGGUAAAGAAGAACAAUCUGAAGGGGAAGACAACCCUGAUCGUAGUAAAGAUGAUGAGGGAGAGUCGGAAGAAGAAGAAGAUGAUGAACUGAAAAGUUCAGAUCCUGUGGAACCGGAACAUGUUUCAGUUGUAAACGAGGAAGAUUCUAAAAUUAAAGAAUCCAACCUAGGUGAAGAAGAAACCAAAGAAGAAAAGGACGAAAAAGAUUCAGAAAAUAAAUCUGGGGAGACAUCUUAAACUUUGAGUCAACUAAGUCAAAUGCCUGAUAUCUUAUCUUUGGUUAAAACAUUAGUGAAUUACGCGUGAACAAUUUCUUUUGGUUUAAUGAAUUAUCUGGAAGAGAUAUUUUUUCAACUUGACAUUUUUAUCUUUUAGUGAUCCAAUCGCUUUUGGUGAAAUUUCAAAGUAUGUAAACUUCAUUUUUAUUGUUGCGUACUAAUAAUUUCUCCUUAUUCUGAAUAUCAGAUUCUUCAUUAUUCUAAAUAUCAGAUUUGUUAU